AAUUCUUAUGGACUCUCAGACUAAUUUGCUUUUGUGUUAAAAAUGGUACAAAAGGUUCAAUAUUCUCAUCACGCUUAACUUCGCUUUUGGGCGAUAGUUAUGGACGUCAGUGCCGAUAAAUCACCAUUAAUUCAACCUGAAGAUACUUCGAACAAACCCAGUCUUCCUUCUAUUACAGUUAUCAAACCAAAACAUCCAAGGCGCUAUAAACUUUUACCAAAAGAUAAACUCCGUUUCCCUAAAAAUGAUACUUCAAAUCAACUUUGGCGUACAGGUGAUUAUACAAAACAUAUGCCUCUUAUCAAUGUAAAUUGUGAUGACGAUAGUGAAGAGUUUGAUGGCGCAUUAUUUCAAAAAGUUGCCAAUAAAGGCUUAUGUGAUUAUUUGAAAAAUGACCGACUGUCGUCUCAUAAUCGAUCAAAUUUAACAAAUAGUCAUACGUAUGAUGAUUGGGAUUUGCAUCUUUCAACACCCGUUCAACGUAGAACACAAAUUUGUUGUCCAUUCAGUUGUACAUUAUCAUGAAUUUUUUUUUAGAAGUUAAUGCUUUGGAGAUUCCCCUCUUUCUUUAAUUUAUUAGUUUUUUCCUAUUAUUUUGUGUUAAUCAUAAUGCAUUUUUGUAACUUUUCCAUUGUGCAUUUCCACUCUGCCCAUCUUUAAUAUAUUUCUCGGGCUCUCUAUUCUCAACUGCUUUAAUGCUUUAGCAUAUUUUAUCGGUCUUAACAUUUUUUUAUAUCGACCAAAUAACACUGAUAAUAUAUGAAAUUAUAGAGAAUCAAUGUAUCAUUUCUCUUCGUUGCAUAAUUAACUUGUAGAAUUAAAUUACCGGUAUUUGAUACUCAAAAAUGUUUUGUGAUUAGUGUCUUGUCUUUUGAUAUUCAACUAGUAAGUAGCUAUAGAUAACAAAGGCAUAGAAAAUUAGAAAUGGCGAUGAUGAUCGGUAACACUAGACAGUUGUUUAGAAUUAUUAAAAGAAACUUAAUUUAGGAAGUCAUUCAUUAGUAAAGGUCAUAGAAAGAUUCUGCAUAAUCAUUUUGUGGACUGUAAAACCCCUUGGGAAAGAGUUUAACUGACCUCCAGUUUAUCUCUAAUUCCUUUCGCAUAAGC